AUGGCCUCAAAUCAGCAAGUUAGGUCCGAGAGACCCCUAGCGAACAUGAAGCCCCUCUCCCAAAACACGUUACUCUACGAGCCUUCGCCCACAGCCCAGGACCCAAACGCUCCGAAGCUCAUCGCCCUUUUCAGCUGGAGUUUCGCACAAGACGUCCACAUCGCAAAAUACACUUCUCAUUACAUGGCUCUCUACCCGACAGCAAGAAUCCUCCUCGUCAGAGGUGGUUACCCCCACGCAGUCUCCAUUCACUUCGCCAGGCGUGAAAUCAAACCUGCUGUUUCCGUAGUGCGGGCUCUCGCCGACACUGUCUCGACUUCCGAGACCAAACCCCAACUGCUGAUCCACGUCUUUUCGCAAGGUGGCGCGAGGAACCUUGAUAAUUUCUACGAUCUCUACACCGCGGCCAGCCCUGAAGGGAAGCUGGACCUUCCACCGCACGUCACCGUAUACGACUCCUGUCCCAACAAAUUCUACUGGAUGCUGACGGCCCGCGCGUUCUCGGCGCCGAUGCCCUGGUUCCUCCGGCCGCUAGCACAUCUUGUAAUGGCUUGGGCAUGGCUCGUUACGAUCCCGUGGGGGUAUCCGAAUCCCAUGGACAAGAUGCGGGCGUCUCUAAACCAACCGAACCUGCUGCAGAAUGAGCUGAGGAGGGUGUAUGUGUAUAGCAAAGAGGACAGAAUGGUUGAUUGGGAGGAUGUUGAGAGACAUGCUGAAGAGGCCAGCAAGAUUGGUUUUAAAGUCGAGAAGGAAAGGUUUGAAGGCAGUCCGCAUGUUGCGCAUGCGAGACUUGACAGUGUGCGAUACUGGGGUGCUGUCCGGGGGCUGUGGGAAGGAGAAGAAGACACUGUGACGUUGUAA